AUGUUGAUCCAAGAGAGUUACGUCGACGUCGAGACGAAGGCCCGGGGCUCGAUGCGAAUCUUUGUCUUUCACCCUGCCAUUCCCGGAUUUCCCAACGCCCGCUUUCCCGGAGUCUGCUUGUUUAGUGAAAUCUACCAAGUCACGGGCCCUGUUGCGCGUUUUGCGCGGCAGAUUGCCGGCCAUGGCUACAUUGUCGCCGCCCCGUCGUCGUACCACGAUUUUACCGAUCCGGAGCCGCUGAAGUACGAUGUUGCCGACACCGACCGGGGCAACCAUUACGAUGCCGACUCGUACGCCACCGUCGACCACCUCCUCAGCCUGCCCACCUGCACCGGGCUCAUCGGCGCCACCGGCAUGUGUCUCGGCGGCCACCUCGCCGUCCGCGCCGCCCUUGACCCUCGCAUCACCGCCUGCGUGUCCUACUUUGCCACCGACAUCCACAGCCGCACUCUCGGCCCCCACGACGGCGCCAACACCGCGGCGGAGGCGCCCCCCGGCAGCACCCACACGCUCGACCUGUUCGGCAGGUUCAAGGGUGAGGCCGCCAUGAUCUUCGGCAUCCAGGACACGCACGUCCCCGCCGCGGGGCGCGACCUCAUCCGCGCCAAGAUGCGCGAGGCCGGCGUGGUCGCCAGCUUCCACGAGUUCGCCUGGGCGCAGCACGCCUUCAUCCGCGACGAACUCAGCAAGGGACGCUACGACCCGGCCGUCACAAAGGUCUGCUUCGAGAUUUUACUCGAGGUCUUCGGUCGCGUCCUCAAGACGGACCUGGGCGAAAAAGGCGCCGUAAAAGCCGUCGAGCACGACUGUUAG